AUGGAGCAACUAUCAGAUGAGAUAUUAUUAAUAAUAUGUUCUUAUCUAAGAUCCGUUGAUAUUUUUUAUGCUUUUAAUGAUCUUAAUUUACGUUUGAAUCGAAUAAUUCAACAAUUUAAAUAUCAUAUUAUAAUUGAUUUUUCAAAUAUUUCAUAUAAACAAUAUGAAUAUUGUUGUCAAUUAUUAAAAUUCUAUCCAUUAUUACAUAAAAAUAUUUAUUCAUUAAAAUUGAGUAAUAAAAUGACACCUGGACAAAUUGAAUUAUUUUAUGAUCAUUUUUUAAUUCAAAAUACUUUUACAAAUCUUAAAUAUUUAACAUUAAUUGAUUCACAUUUAUCAUCAAUAAAAUUAUUUUCUCUAUUAAAUUAUUUUAAAAAUUUAAAAAUAUUUCAUUUAUUUACAGAUGAUAAUAAUAAUGAUAUUGAUUAUAUUGAAUUAUUAUAUAAUCAAUAUAAAUUAGAAAAUAUUUUAUUAUAUAUUAAAAAUGGUAUUUAUAUUCCAUUUAUUAAUAAAAUAUCUCAAUAUUCUAUAAAACAAUUAAAAAUAACAUUAAAAACAAUGUUAGAUUUAAUUCAAUUAUUAAAAAUAAAUUCUAAUAUUUUAACAUUAGAGGCAAAUAUUUAUUCAAAUCAUUUUGAUAUUUCUCAUUUUUCUUAUUCAAUACCAAAUUUUUCAAAUUUAAUUAAUUUUCAUUAUAAAACAUUAGAAAAUAAAAGUAUUAAUUUUAUUAUAUUUUCAUUUUUUAUUAAUAAAUUAUCAUCAUUACAAAAUUUAACAGUCGAUAUUGAUACAUACGAUAUAUCGUAUACAAAUGGUCAUUGUUGGAAAGAUACAUUUGAAAAAUUAAUAAAUUUAAAUAAAUUUUCAUGUUCUAUUCGAUAUCAUUUAAUUAAUACACAUAAACCUCCUUGUAUAAAUUAUAUUACACAAUCAUUUUUAACUGAUUUUUGGAUUAUAAAAAAACAAUGGCAUAUCUAUUCUUAUAUUGAUAAUAGUGAAUCAAUGAAAUUAUUAAUAUUACAUACCAUACCAUAUACAUGUCAAAUAUUUCAAACAUCAUUAAUAUCAUCUAUUAAUAAUAAUAUUGAUUAUUCUCAUGUAAAAUAUUUAUUAUUAUGUGUACCAUCAGUAAAUGUAUCAAUGACUCAUUUUUGUCAUAUAAUUAAACAUUUUCAAAAUAUAAAUAAAUUAAAACUUUCAAAUAAUUUAAAUCGUUUAUAUAAAAAUGAAAUAUUAUUAAAUGAAAAUUUAUUUAUAACAAUGACAAAAUUAACACAUUUAAUAAUAACAAAACAUACAAAUACUGUUUUCUUUUUACAAUUAAUUAUGAUGAUACCAAAUUUAUCAAAAUUAACAAUUGGUUAUAACGAAAUAUUACCAUUAAUACAACGAUCAAUUAUUUAUAAUGAUGAUACAAUAAAAAAUAUUUUAGAACGUAUAAAAUAUUUAAAAAUUAUUGUCGAAUGUUAUUAUGAUAAUACAUCAAAAAUAAAUAUUAUUCAACAAUUAUCAAAUUUAUUUAUAAAUGUUGAAUAUUUAAAAUUUAAAUUUAUAUAUUCAAUAUGGAAAGAUGAACAUUUAUUAUUAAUUGAAAAAUAUUUUAAUAAAUUAAUUUAUUUUCAAAUUGAUAGUCAUGAUUUAAAAAAAAAUAAAAAUUUAUGGUAUAAAAAUGAUGAAAAAAUGAGUCAAUUAUCACGAAAUCGUGUACGUAAAAUAGUUCAUUUUGAUUUACCAAUAACAUCGAUAAGAAAUAGACAAGAUAAUAUUGACAUAGGAACUCAUUUGGUAUCUCAGAAAAAUUUAUCAUCAUUAUUAUAUGAUGUUAAACCAGCGUAUAGAAAAUCGAAUGAUAAAUCAACUCAAUCAAUGGGAAAUAAAUUACUGAAUUUGUUUAAAAGACAAAAAUAA